UUCUCAAUGAGUUCUUUGCAAGCUCUUUAAGGCAACAUCGCUAGCACCCAUUGGAUUAUUAGUUUUUAACUGCGAAGAAAGUCUUUCCCUGCCAAAAUGCUGAUAAAGGAAUAUCGCAUCCCUCUGCCCAUGAGCGUGGAGGAGUAUCGGAUCGCUCAGCUCUACAUGAUACAGAAAAAGAGCCGCGACGAGACGUGCGGAGAGGGGAGCGGUGUGGAGAUCCUGGAGAACAGGCCCUACACAGACGGCCCGGGAGGCUCAGGGCAGUACACUCACAAAGUGUACCACAUCGGGAUGCAUAUUCCCAGCUGGUUCCGGUCCAUAUUGCCCAAAGCGGCACUGAGAGUAGAAGAGGAGUCCUGGAAUGCCUAUCCCUAUACUAGAACACGGUGUAAAAUGACUGGAUCCUCUGCUUGUGAGAAACGUGAUGGCUCCUCCCAGCAGUCUUCACAGCCAUGCAAGAUCCACGUUCUCGUUCUGGUUCUUCAUGGAGGCAACAUCCUGGACACUGGGGGCGGAGAGCAGAGCAGCAAGCAGGGGGAUGUGAACACCAUCACCUCGGCCUUCGAGACGGUUAUGCGGGUCCACUACCCUGCUGCCCUGGGCCGCCUCGCCAUCCGCCUCGUACCCUGCCCUGCCAUCUGCGCAGAGGCCUUCUCUCUGAUGUCCAACCUGAGCCCUUACAGCUACGAUGAGGGCUGCUUGUCCAACAGCCAGGACCACAUCCCCCUGGCCGCUCUGCCCUUGCUUGCCACCUCCUCGCCACAGUACCAGGAGGCCGUCGCCACGGUGAUCCUGAGAGCCAAUCAGGUGUACAGCGACUUCCUGAAAUCGCCGGAAGGGGCCUGCUUCACCGGCCAGGUGUGCCUGAUAGGCGAUUGUGUUGGGGGUAUCCUGGGGUUUGACGCUUUGUGCUACAGCAAUCAGACAGCCUCGGAAAGUCAGAACAGCAGCAGGAGAGGCAGUGUUGUGAGUGUGCAGGACAGUGACCUGCUCUCUCCCGGGAUCAUCGUGAACAACAGCUACUGCUCCGGGAACUCCAACCUGGAGGGCAGCCGGCAUCGAAGCCGGAGCAACGUCGACAUCACCCGCAGCGGCGCCGACGAUCCCAAGAAACAGCUGCCCCGCAAGAGGAGCGACUCCUCCACCUACGAGCUCGACACCAUCAGACAGCACCAGGCCUUCCUCUCCAGCUUACAUUCCAGUGUCCUGAGGAAUGACCCGGGCUCCAGGAGGUCAAGUAGCUCCACCAUGCUGGACGGGGGGAGUCUCGCCAAGUUCGAGUUCGAAGUAUGCGAAUUCUUCCUCUUCGGCUCUCCUCUGGGACUGGUUCUCGCUUUGAGGAAAACCGUCAUUCCAUCCAUGGAUGUGUCCCAGUUGCGGCCAGCCUGCCAGCAGGUGUAUAACCUGUUUCACCCUGCGGAUCCCUCAGCGUCCCGCCUGGAGCCCCUGCUGGAAAAGAAGUUCCACCUGCUGCCCCCAUUCAACGUGCCGCGAUACCAGCGCUUCCCGCUUGGCGAUGGGAACUCGGCGCUGCUGGUCGAGACAGUCCAGAGCAAUCCCAUCCUCAUCCUGGAAAGCAGCAGCCCAUUAGUUGCUCUGCGCUCCCAGGAGAACGUCACAGAGACCAGUAUCCCGGUUCCAGUUCUUAACUGGCAAGACGGCUCUUGUAAAAGUCCAGCCACUGUGGAGUCAGAUGUUGUUCAGUCUCAUGGUGGCGUCUUCAUGGAUAAUUCGUCCCCCUCCUCCCCCAUUACAGCCCCCCAUUUCAGGGGAUUCCGGAGAGCCAGUGAGGUCAGCAUUGCCAGCCAGGUCUCAGGAAUGGCAGACAGUUACACUGCCUCCAACAUAGCCAACAAACAAGCAUGCCAACUUAACCAUUCCAAAAAACUAAGCCUUUUAUCCCAACUCGCUCUCCCCUAUAACAAAUCCUUUUUAAAGAGCGUCUCGCCCAAGUUCAUUAGAAAGCGCAAAACACAGACCAAGCCCCCGACUCAUAUAGAGAAGAGCCCCGAGACGGCACCCAGUCGAAAAGCCAGUGCUGUUCCACAGAUCCCUGACCUGGAUAUUAAGCAAGUUGCAGCCCGAUGGUGGGGCACUAAGAGAAUUGAUUUUGCUCUUUAUUGCCCGGAUGCGUUGACAGCAUUCCCUACAGUGGCACUGCCACACCUGUUCCACGCCAGCUACUGGGAAUCCACAGACGUGGUCUCCUUUCUCCUGAGGCAGGUGAUGAGACACGAGAACGCCAGUAUCCUGGAGCUGGAUGGGAAGGAGGUGUCGGAGUUCAGCCCCUCAAAGCCCCGGGAGAAGUGGUUACGAAAGAGGACGCAUGUCAAAAUAAGGAACGUGACCGCUAACCACAGAGUGAACGAUGCCGUCUUCACUGAGGACGGGCAGCAAGUGGUCAGCGGGAGGUUUAUGUACGGCCCACUGGACAUGGUCACUCUCACUGGAGAAAAGGUGGAUAUUCACAUCAUGAUGCAGCCCCCGAAUGGAGAGUGGGUCUACUUCGACACGGAGCUCACUAACAGCAGCGGCAGGAUCUCCUACGUGAUCCCAGAGAGCAAGCGGCUGGGCAUCGGAGUGUACCCGGUCAAGCUGGUGGUCAGGGGUGAUCACACGAAUGCAGACAGCUACCUGACGGUCCUCCCCAAAACCACGGAGUUCGUUGUGUUCAGUAUCGAUGGCUCGUUCGCAGCCAGCGUCUCCAUCAUGGGCAGCGACCCCAAGGUCAGGGCUGGAGCUGUGGAUGUUGUGAGACACUGGCAGGACCUGGGGUACCUGAUCAUCUAUGUGACGGGACGUCCCGACAUGCAGAAACAGCGGGUGGUGGCGUGGCUGUCCCAGCACAACUUCCCCCAUGGAAUCGUGUCCUUCUGCGACGGCCUGGUGCACGACCCCCUCAGACACAAAGCCAACUUUCUUAAGUCCCUGAUCACAGAGGCUCAGAUGAAGGUGUAUGCAGCGUAUGGAUCCACAAAGGACAUUUCUGUGUACUCCUCCAUUGGACUGUCACCUUCUCAGAUUUACAUUGUUGGCCGACCAACCAAGAAGAUGCAGCAUCAGUGUCAGUUCAUCUCGGAUGGAUACGCGGCUCACCUCUCCCAGCUGGAGUACAGCCUUCGCUCGCGGCCCGCAAAGAGCACCGCCAGGAUGGUCCUCCGGAAGGGCAGCUUCGGGCUGGGUGGAAACCCGGACUUCCUGAGGAAGAGGAAGCACCUGCUCCGCACCAUCUCCUCCCAGCCCGGCAGCGGCACCAGCGGCUCCCAGUCCAACCACAACAAGCCUGAGCGAACGCAGAGCCAGUCCGAGAGCGAGCGGGAGAGGAUCGAGCGAGGCCAAAGAAGCAUGAGCCUCGCCGCGGGGUGCUGGGGCCGCAGCAGCAGCACCAAACUGGAAACUGCCAUUUUAAGUCAGAAGUAGAUGGCCAAACUGGACAUGCAUUGAAAAACGGGAAAGGGGGUUGAGAAGAGUGCAACUAGAAGCAAGGCAAAAGGAGUUCGGGGAGGGAAGGGGAUGGCAUCAUUUCUUAUCCAGGUUUCUCUUGUAAAUACGUGCCUCCUUCGCAUUCACAGUGUAUACACAUAUUAAGAACCGUCUGAUCAGGAUGUUGUUGGUAAGCAUGUGCAGUGGGUGUGGAUCCUUAAUGGUGGUUACAUGAAAUCCAGCGCAAGUAAAGUGACUUGUGCAAGUGUAGAGAGCAGUGGUGCUUCUUUAGAGUCUUGCUUUACAGUAGUAGUAGAAAAUAAAUAUACUGUAAAUCUGUCUAUUUCCAGCAUGGCCUGCAGGUCACGGGAGGCCUUAACAAGUGGUUUAGGUUUCCUGUUAUACAGAAUAAUAAUGAUGAUGAUAAUAAUAAUAUUAACAAUAGUAAAGGAAAGCGAUGGAAGAGUGGCAUGAACAGUGGCAGGCCCAGUUAUAGUUUAACAUUUCCAACACUGAUGUACAGAGCUCUUUUCCAAAUCACUUCUCUUCAGAAACGCUGUAGGUUUUUUUUUUCAGAUUGACCACUAAGUGUUGUUGCUUGUUCCUGAAUGGGCAGCUACGGCAAAAGGUUUAGAGCGAAGAAAUCUAACUGGGGCAUCGUUUCACAGGCUGUGAAAUAACGACGCUCGAGGUCUGAGUGGCUGACCACGACAACCAUGUCGAAUUGUUUGGACUUUGAAGCUGGGCGCACCUUCCAUGACCCAUGUAAAAGAUCCGUACCUUUUUAAGACGCCCUCAUUCACACCUUGGCAUCCCCUUGAGGAAUCUUCGAAAGUGUGGUACAGGCAGUCACACAGAAAACAAAGAAAUGGCCAAAUCUUUUUUUCUUCGCUGUUGUAGCUCAACUGUAUAACCUCAUUGUUUUUGCACUAAGUUACUUUUAGAAUGAAGAACUUGUAACGAUCUCAUGUUGCUACAUCUGUAGUGCAUGAUAGUUAUUAUUUAUUGCCAAUCCAGGGUACAUGUAUCUAUAUAUAACAGUGUGAUUCACAAAGGGUGCACCUCCCACUGCACCGUGAUUCAGGUGUCCACCUCUGUGCGUCACGCCCUUAAGUUGGGACUAUUGAUAUGUGCAGGCGGGGCACACCUUUUGAAUCAUCCUGCUAUCAUAUCAAUUCUACAUGUCAGGAUAAAAAUACAUAACAAUAAAACAAAGUGCCAAAUAGGCAGUCUUGAAUAUUUUAGGAUUAGGCCAUAUCCGAAAGUCAUGAAAGUACAGUGUUUUCCAAAAGCAUGUGAUCGUACAGUGAGGCAUGCAACACUGUGAUAUCAGUGGGCUGAGAGCCCUGCACAGUACAGCUGAUAUUUUUGUUCAUUGUAAGUGUACAACAAUAUGAAACACUGGAAAAGUACUGAAACAGGGUUGCUGAAAUGGCGUAACAUUUAUUUUUACAACGUCUGAAAUUUUGGAUAUGGCUUCAAUCCAAAAACAUAGCUCUGGCUGAGUGUAAAGUAUCGAAUGUGAUUUGAAACAGAUGGUAAUAAUUCAAAUAAAUUGCAAGCUCUUUUUGCAAAAGGUUAAUGAAAACGUAUAAUGUGUGUAGAUAGUGUAAAGUUAAUGUAAAUGUUCUCAAAAGUAGGUAUAUACAGGCGUGUUAUUUAUGUAGAUAUACAAGGUGAUGGAUCCUUCAGGUUUUAUUAUAUUUAAAAAAUUUCAUUUUUCUUUUUCUGUUUCAAACUUUAUUUUAUGGACCAAGAGUGAUGUAACUGUCAUUGCACAGGUGCACCAUUAUGACCACUCUCCACAGCUGUAUAAUAAUUUUAAAAGAAACUUCAUGGCAUUGACAAUCAGUGUGCCACGUGUACUGGUUCUACAACCCUUUGAUGAACCCAUAAAUACACACAAACUGGUCUUCGAAUUUACUUAUUCUAAUGUAAUACCAGUAAUUCAAGAGACAACCCUUUACCCUCGAACCUCAGUAGUUAAACACCCUUGGUAUUGGCAGUCUUGUUUAAGAUGCUCAAGCAUCCAACAAGCUUGGACUCACGACUCCCUCAGAGUAGCAGGUACUCAUUUGGACACUUCAGAGCUGUACUAGAAGCAUCUUGCAAGUUUUGUGCAAACCCAGUGUAGCAUAAGUACACUUGGAACACCUGGAACGGCUGAAAACACCAUGCAGCUUUUUUGGACCAGAUAGUUACAUAAAACCAGAAACGUGCGCCCUGCCUGAGAUUUAUUUAUAGCAUGGAGACCUUGAGACACUGGUAGCAGAACGCAGCAUGAAGCCAAAACGUUUGUCUAGGAGCAAGUUUUAUGUUUUAUUCAGGCCUGCCAUAUCCAAUGCAAGGGGCAGAAUGGAGCUGUAGAAGAGAUCACUAGUAAUGAUCCACCUUGAACUUCACCCAGGACGUAUGGAGUCCCUUUCAUAGCAUAUUUGUCUGAAUUAUACAGGUAGGAGUGGGCGGUAGUCAAUCGCAUCUCUCUCUCACUUUUGUCACACACAUCCACGUGAUGAAAUGAAAAACACGGAAUUACAUCCUGAUAUUUUCUGAUUAAUUCUGGGAAAAAAAAAAAAAAUUAACUGUGGCUGUUAUCCUGUGUUAGAAAUGAUAAAAAUGAAAAUGAACAAAUAACAAAAAAAAAAAGAUUUUAUAAUACAAAAUAUUUUUAAACCUUUAUAUUUUAAUAGGCCUAUAAUCUCACAUAUAUUACUAAUGGGUUGUAUUUUAAUUUAACAGCUAAAUAAGACAAAUACAGAAAUAAAACUGGGGGUACUUGUUGACCUAUACAGUAGAUAACUUCCUAUAUAUUUAGUGCAAAAUAGUUUUCAAACACAGAAGUCCUUAUAGUUCAAUUAGCUAACCCUAUACUUAAGUUCAAUCUGUUUGACCCGAUUGGCAUAUAUAUUGUAAAUAUUUCAUGAACAGUUUUUAAACUAAAAUAUUCCGACUAAAAUAAAACUAUUUUACACAGUGUGUCCAACCAAGAAGUGACUAGUGUAAUCAGUACACCUUUCCAAACGUGUUCAUAUUCAGUAGUUCUUCACUCAUUGGAUACUGGCUAGGAUCCACCUCCCUCCCUCCCGCCUGCACCGGACCCUCUAAACAGGCUGUUCUUUUGAGUCCCCUGGAAGGCUGAUUAACAAACGCACCUAAACACUGAUCAAGUCCGCCCAGAAGGAUAAAAGCCUUUGCUGACAGACAGGGACACCUUUUUUAAAAUUAUGUGAGCGCCCACCACGAUGGUAUUGUCAGUGAUGUGAUCAAACUUUAACACACAUCUGCGUUGGCUAGUAUGAUCCCUGGAUCUCAAUCCACUUGUACAUAUGCGGGAUGAACUUGAGCGCCGCAUUGGCAUACCUCACUAACCCAGAUGCAGUUCCUAUAUCUUCAGGCAUCUUGUGGAACCGUCAUUGCGGCAAAAGAUGGGCAAACCUGGUGGAGAGGGAGGGGUCCUAAAAAAAAAAAAAGUGUCUAAUUAGUGCACUAGGUCAGGUAAUGCUUUGCUGGGGUAAAUAUUAGUUCAGAAGCCUUACAUUUUCCUCUGUUGCUGUGUCCACAAAUCCAAUUUGAGAGAAAAAUUUUGUAUUCAGAAGUGUUGUUCUAUUUUAUUUAUAGAGAAAUGUUACACAUUGACUUAGGUGAAUAAUAAUAAAAAUAUACACUUAUGAUAUGCUACACCAGAAAGAAGACUGCACACCACUUACAAAAAAACAAAUGUUGUUUCAAACUUCAAUCUUCUGCUGAAAGGUUUCAAUUUUCUGUGUUCAUUUCAAAAUGAGUGUGUAAAAAUAACGUUUGGAACGGUUAACUCGUUAACACUUCAGACGUACAUAGUUCUUUGUUGCUGCAAUGUUCUAGUGCCUGGGUGUGCUUUGUGUACAGUAUCAUUGUACGUUAUGUGGAUUAAAAGAAAUUGGACAGCUA